AUGCGCUCUUCCACAUGGAUCUCCGGCUUGUUGCUCACGGCUUCAUCCUUCGCCGCGCCCGUGAAGCAACACGCUCUUAUACAUGCUCAGAGUCCGUAUAGGAAGGACUUUCAUGAUCCGUAUGAUCACAAGGUCGAUGCUAUUGGGAGGAGGAUUCAGCCGGAGCCCAUCGUAUGUCACUCCCGCGAUAUACCGGCAUACCAUUGUCUCAUGCGAGUCCCAGAGAAAUGGCGAUGGGGCAGAUGUAUUGGGCCCGCGGAAUCGAGAUCGAGAACGACAGAAUCCGGAUAUGAUCCGUCCUCCUUCGACCGAUCAUGGCGAUUUCAAGAACAUGCGAUGGUGACCGACAACUUACCGUUCCACCAUCCUCACUUCCUUCCACUGACCCUCACCCUAGGAGCUUCGCAGACUCCCAUACCCGCAUCGAAGAAGGCGGCUGGGCUCGCCAAACCACCAGCCGCGAAAUGCAAACCUCCCAAGAACUCGCCGGCGUCAACAUGCGUCUGGACGAAGGCGUCAUCCGCGAACUCCACUGGCACAAGGAAGCCGAAUGGGCCUACGUCCUCUCCGGGAGAGUCCGCGUGACGGCUCUCGACACGGAAGGCGGCAGCUUCAUCGACGACGUAGAAGCGGGCGACCUCUGGUAUUUCCCCGCCGGUUUCCCACACAGCUUACAGGGCCUCUCCCCCAACGGGACGGAAUUCCUCCUCAUCUUCGACGACGGAGGCUUCUCCGAAGAAUCCACUUUCCUCCUCACCGACUGGCUCGCCCACACCCCCAAAUCCGUCCUCUCGGAGAAUUUCCGCCUCCCGCCCAACACGUUCACCUCCCUCCCGGAGAGCGAAAAGUACAUCUUCCAGGGCACCCUCCCCGGCCCCAUCGACCAGGAAACACCCAAGACCUUCAAGAAAUCCAAACUCCAGUUCACGCAUCACAUGCUCGCGCAGGAACCGCAGAACAAAACCGGCGGCAGCGUGCGCAUCACGGAUUCCCGAAACUUCCCCAUCUCCCAGACCGUCGCCGCGGCGCACCUGGACAUCGCCCCCGGCGCCCUGCGCGAGAUGCACUGGCAUCCCAACGCCGACGAAUGGUCCUUCUUCCUCCGCGGCCGCGCGCGCGUCACCAUCUUCAGCGCGCAAGGCAACGCCCGCACAUUCGACUACACCGCCGGGGACGUGGGCAUCGUGCCGAAGAAUAACGGCCAUUUCAUUGAGAAUCUCAGCGAUGAGGAACCGCUGGAGGUUCUGGAAAUUUUUCGUGCUGAGGAGUUUCAGGAUUUCAGUCUGUUGCAGUGGCUGGGCGAGACGCCGCGGCGGAAUGUCUUGGAGCAUCUGUUCCAGGGGGAUCGCGAGGGCGCGGAGAGGUUUGCGGGCGCUAUUGAGGGGGCGGAGAAGGAUGAGAUUAAGAGUCAGUACCGUGGACAUGCAGAGGAGGAGGAGGAAGAGCACGAAGCACCUGAGCGUCAGAGAGGGUUUCAAUCUGUUCUUGGGUUGUAG